UCCAACAUGGCGAGUACAUACUUCUGUUAUCUGGUCGGGAUAUCAAAACACAGACGCUGAUAGCUUCUUUGAUAAGGAACAGAUUGCUCUCUAGAUUGGGUACUUUUGUGACAACGGAACCUGGAUAAUAGUGCCCAAUCUUCACCAAUCGUCAUGUCCGAGGAUGAGUAUGAGAGCCUCCCGGGUACUACCACCAUAUCAACACACAUGAUGGCUGGUGCAUUUGCAGGGGUCAUGGAGCACUGCGUGAUGUAUCCAGUGGAUUGUGUCAAAACUCGGAUGCAGUGCCUGAGACCAUGCCCAGAAGCUCAGUACCGCAACAUGGUCCAUGCCCUACGGCAUAUAGUUCAGCAAGAAGGCAUAGCCCGUACCAUGCGAGGAGUUCAGGCAGUGAUAGGAGGAGCUGGCCCUGCCCAUGCCCUGUAUUUCGCCUGUUAUGAGGAACUAAAAUGGAUGUUCAGGGGCACUGCACAAGGUCACCAUGUGCUAGCUAAUGGUGCUGCUGGGUGUGUGGCAACACUAAUUCAUGACGCUGUGAUGAACCCCGCUGAAGUUGUCAAACAGCGACUUCAGAUGUAUGGAAGUCCUUACAAGGGUGCAAUCGACUGUUUAAAACAAGUGUUUAAAGCAGAGGGAGUCCGAGCAUUCUACCGUAGUUAUACGACUCAACUCAGUAUGAACAUACCAUUUCAGUCGGUUCAUUUCGUGACUUAUGAACUCAUGCAAGACGGCAUGAACCAAGGACGACGUUAUAAUCCCGUUUCGCAUAUGGUUUCUGGCGGAAUGGCAGGUGGCGUGGCCGCUGCGGUGACGACACCUUUAGACGUUUGUAAAACACUUCUUAACACACAGGAAAGCUGUGUCUGUCAGACGAUAAAAGUUGACAAUAUGUUUCAAGCGGUCAGAGCAGUUUAUGUUAUGAAGGGCUUUGGAGGAUAUUUUCGAGGGAUGCAGGCGCGUGUUAUUCACCAGAUACCUAGUGCUGCCAUCUGUUGGUCAGUUUAUGAAUUCUUCAAGUACUUUAUCACGACGCACCAGGGAAGUGUGGAGGACAUUUAUAUUAACCCUUCUCCGGCUGUUCAAGUUCAUGCAGGGAAAUAGUGUGUCUCAUGCAGGAAAUAGUAUGUCUCAUGCAGUGUAUCAGUAAUAAAUGCUAUGGCCUAGGACGCGGAAGGUACUGGUCUUUUUAAAUAAUUUGCUUUCUAUAAGAAUUCUUACUGGCAUUAUUCUAUAGGUUUUAUGUUUUUAUUAAAGGAAAGAUUUGGAAUUUACAUUUAUUGUGAUACAUCCUUCAGAAAUCUAUUCCAUCCCUGAUAGUGUCAGAAUCACUCACAAACUUAAGCGUUUUGCAAAAGGGUUAAAGAAUGCCAUUCCCAAAGGGUGGGGAACUCACGCUCGUCUAUCUAAAUUCAUAGGAGCUAAUAAUAAUGUCUGGAGUUUGAAAUUGCUGCAGGAUGGAGAGUUCACUGCCGACAGGCCUUUUUAAACUUUAACUCUAUCCAAAAAAGUAAGCCAUGUUAUCAUCUGUAUCAUCAAAACUUAUUACUGGAAGCAAGUCAUCCUGAGAUCAGGUUUGUGAUACUCCUACCUCGUAUACAAAAAUAUCGACAGGCAGAGUAUUGAAAAUCACUGGUUGUCAGGGGGGAAGCAAGUAUGCUUUGAAUGCAUACAUGUACUUGCUUGAAGUGAUAAAUUUUUUGGUAUUAGUGAGGUUUUGCAACCACUAGGUUAGGCCCUACGACGACGUUUAUCUAUUGUGUGAGACACCCGAACAAUAUAUAAACGUCGUCAUAGGGCCUAACCGGGUGGUUGCGCAACCUCACUAUUAUAUAGGUCACCAAACACUUACUAGUGCCAAAGUGACCUUGUUCGAUUGAAAACACGUAACCAGGGCUAGAACCCACACAUACAGUACAUGCCCACCUAUAUUGUACUUAUCGACGUUAGAAUUAACGUUUUGUGUGUUUUCUGAAUAUGAGGGUACUUGCAUAAAAUAAUACAGGGUACUUGGUACAUGUAUGCAGUAUUAUCAAUGCAUUUAUAUACCAAAGAAAAAGGUCAACAAACUCAUACAUCUUGCUGUAAAACCUACCAUAUUGCUAUAUAGGAUAUUUGUCAUGAAGUUUUAGUAACUUUUUUCAGCACAUCUUAAGAAGUUAGCUGAAUGACUUGUAAUGUAAAUGUAAUCAGCGAUGGUCAAAAUUCCAGCCUUGUGGCAAUUUAUUUACGUCUACAGGAAAUACACUGCUUGUUCAUGCACUGAUGGGCAAAAUCUAUAUAACAGAACCUUAACACAUCAGGAAUUUGAUAGGAGCACAAAAUUAUUGCAAGCACAAAAGGGCACUGUGUUUGUGAUUUUAGUUCAUCCAACAAUGUUCUAUUUACCAGGAAAGAUAAAGAUUGCCUGGCACCGUAUAUGCCAAAACAAAUUGUAUACCUGGCACAAUAUGGUAACUCCACGUGUACAUGUGCUUGGUCAUUCAUUGUUGGUAAGUUAGUUUGCUCAGCUCAUGUGAAAUUCCUUUGUUAAGUUUAAGGAUUAUUAAUUAUGAAUAAGUGUUCUCUCGUAGGUUUUAGACAAUCUUAAGGCAAAGACAUUUGGUAGAGAGGUCAGGAGAAAAGCAUUUUAGUCGAAAUGCCUUGGUUCCCAAAUUGAAGGGAAAGUCUAUCAGCCUCAUUUCAAGUCAGACUGCAAGAGGCUAUGUACAGGUGGCAUCAUUCCUACUGGCCUAGGCUAGGUGGAAAUUCCCUUUAGCUCAGUCAGUGGAGUGAUGGCCUUGUACGCCAGAGGUCCCGGGUUCAAUUUCCGGCAGGGCCUUGGUGAGUUUCCUCUGUUACACACGCAUUUUCCCAGGCUAUCGGGGCAGGGUGCUUGGUAAAUUGGUAAAGAUGAAGAUGAGAUCCUCAGUCCGCAGGGGAACUGAUUCUCCAGGCUGAAGCUAUGAAAAUGUAUAAACCAAAAAUUUUUGUGAUGCAUUGGAAGGCUGUGGUAUUUAUACUCAAUUCUAUAGGGCUUCUAAGAAAUUUCACUGGGGCCACCUGUCAAGUACAUACAUACAUGUUGGUUUAACCCCAUGGAAAAUUUAAGAACGUUUUUAUUAUUAUAUAAUGCUAUGUUUAUAAAUAGGACAGCUGACCUAUUUCAUUUCGGGCAUGCUAUAAGUACUUGAUGGAGGGUGCCUGUAUGUUUCAAUUUGCUCAGAAGAUUUCUCACCAAAAAAAAUGCUGGAAGGUAUUUCAUGUGACUAGAAUAGAAUUAUUGGAUAGAAUUAAUG